AUGUCCACCGCCCGUUCGGAGUGGUUCGCCGCUGUAUACAGCAUGGACCAUAGAAAGUUGCGGACAAAUCUCCAAAAGUAUAAGCAGAGCCGUGACGAAAGUGGCUUCACGGCGUUGCAUAUUGCAGCAAUGUACGGUGACCUUGAGGCCGUCAAAAUCCUUGCCACGGAAGAAGCCGGAUUACUGUCAGUCAGUGGCGAGACAGCGUUAUCACUUGCAGUGAGGAACAGGCACCAUAAAGUCGUAAGCUAUCUAGCUGAAAUGGAAGGCAGAAUUUUACUUGGCGACGGCCGUUCUGCGCUGAUUGUGGCCAUAGAUGUUGCAGACCUCGACACCUUGCGUAUGCUGGUACCGUACUCAUUGAACUCAAGUCUUCCAACUAACGAGGAUGCUCCAGACGGGCCUGCCACGGUCUUUCAGUACCUGGUUUCUAUGGAUUUUCACACCCUUAUACCGCUCUUUGCUGAGAAUAUCCAGUUGACUGAGGCAGACUUUCUUCGGGGCCUGGAGAUUGCAAAAGGCCGCACUACAAAAGGCUCCGAGCUUUGCAGAACUUACUUAGAGCAAUAUAAAGACUUACUUUUACGGCCAAAGUGCUUGAAUUGUAAUUCCUUAGCCUGUAAGGUUUCCCAGUUAGAAACUGACUUGAAGAAUGCAGAGUCCUUGCCCAGUGCACUGAAGAAUGAGAUUGUGCAACUGAAGGCGGUGCUGCUGCGGAGAAACUGCUCAGUUGGUAAGUGCCUAGGGUGCAAGGCUGUGUUGACAAGAGCAGGCCCAGACGUCCCAUGCCAGGUGUGCAGCUUUGCUCCUGGCCAUACUGUGCGAGUGCAGACAGAUGGUGGAGUUUCUUUGACGUAUGAAAAAUUAAAAGAGGCGCUCGAUUUUGCCCUAGCGGAGAAUUUGAGCCUUAAGGCAAAGUUGAAUGUGGAUGAUAGCAUUACCGGCGCUACUGGCCUAGAUCCAAUAAGAGCACUGGCCAGCAUAUCGAAGAGGCUGUCGUUAGAGGACAGAGCUGGCCUGUCAGAGGAAAACCUGACGUGUCUGCUGGCUGCAGUUCGUUCACUAGUUCAGCAGGUCAAGGAUACUGGUGGAGGCACAGAAGAGUCGCACCGGUUAUUGGAGUCUUCCGACUUGUCUAAGAUAUCGCUGACAUCUGGCACCACUCCACAUAGCUCUCCCGUGAAUAGGCACCAGCCAAGCCCCAACGCAGCAGCAUUGAAGGGUUCAGAAGCUACAGAAGAUGCUGAAAUGACCCUCCGGUCACUACUGAGGGCCUUGGAAGAUAUUCGAUUUGGGUACCCUACUGCACUCAUGCGAGCAGCAAUGGAAAACAAGGUGGAUCAAGCAAAGCAACUUCUUUUCCAGGCAAAUUUGCGGGACAAGGACGGGAAAACAGCCUUAAUGUAUGCUGCAGAAAGCGGGCAUACAGACAUAGUCAAUCUUCUCCUUGAUAAAGAGGGAUGUAAGGGUGAUAAUCAGGGUCGUACUGCACUGAUGUAUGCCGUAGCGGCCAAGUCAUAUGAGUGUGCCAAGGUUCUAUCUCUAAAGGAGACAAAAAUGAUUACCAAUAGCAAGCAUAGGCACAAGGGAACAACCGCGCUCAUGGUCGCAGCGCGUGCUAACGAUGUGGAGCUGGUAAAGAUUCUGAUGGACAAGGAAGCCAACCUAACGCGCGAUGACGGCGUGACGGCCCUUAUGCAAGCGGCCCAGGCUAACGCAUGCGAUUGCUUGCGUCUACUUGCUCCCAAAGAAGCCGGAAGAUGUACAAACGAUGAGUUUCUCUACGGGCACGGUUACACAGCGUUAAUGUUUGCAGCGAGUAAUGGGAACUUAGACUCAGUUAAGGUCUUGGUGCAUCAAGAGGCCACAGCCAGGCUUGCAGACGGUCGGCAAGCGAUAGACUUAGCGAGCGAUAAGGCUGUCAUCAAUGAGCUUGCUAAGCACAUGCCUAAGUAG